CUUCCAGUCUGUUCCAGCUUGGUGGCUGCUACCUGGAGCUCUCUGUCCGAAGUCUGAGAGGAAGUAAACAUCUUGAUUGGAAGAGAAAGCUGUGUGGGAAAAGGGAAUAGCAGAUCACCAGAGGGAAAAAUCUGCCUGGAGUUCAUCAGGUUUCUAAAGGACAAGCCAGGUAGAAAGGCUGCAGAACUCUGAGGCUAUUCUACAUCACCUGGAGAAAACUGAAAGCAACGCAAUGUCUCGCUACGGAAAGCACCCACGCCUCAGUCUGGAAGAAAGUGUCAACUUCCAGAAUCCAACGGAAACUGAUGACGAUGACGUGGUGUUCCCAGUAGUUCCCACAGCUGAGAAAGAUGAGGGAGAGGGAAUUGAGGAGGUCCUAAAGGAAGAUGAAGAAGAUAGCAAUAAGCAGGUGACGGAGGAAGAUAACGUCGAGAAGGAAGACGAAGAUGAAGAAAAGGAGAAGGAAGAGGAAAAGGAAGAGUCUGGUGAUGAAGUGAAUGAAGAAGAAGAUGAGACCAGAGAGGAGGAGGAAGAUAUGGCUUCCAUGAUUUUGUCAUCUUCUAAUGUCUCUUUAGCUGCUUUUUCCCCUCCUUCUCCUUCUUCUUCUUCCUCCUCCUCCAUCUUCUCUUCUUCCUCUUCCUCCUCUUCCCUCUUUUCUCUGUUUCAGAGCAACCUGGUGGAGAAUGAGGGCUUUGCUACUGGGAUGCUGGGCCUUUUUCAGAAUGCUCAGAGCUUCUUCCCCUUACCUACUUUGGGGGGAAAUUUAGAUGAAGCAGCUGGUUACCAGGAAGAGAGUUCAGGUGUCAUAGCAUCCCCAGAAGACCCUGACUCCUUGCUAGAUUCUGUAAUACAAGAAAAGGCUACUGAUUUGGUGUUCCUUUUCAUUUACAAGUAUAGAGUGAAGGAACCUAUCACAUUAACUGAAAUUCAUGAGGUUGUCACUAAGGAAUAUGAGAACCACUUUCCUGUCAUUUUCAUCGAAGCUUCUAAAUGCUUGGAGAUGACCUUUGGGAUUGAUAUAAAGGAAAGUGAUCUGGUAAGCAGUGCUUAUGUCUUUGUCAACUCACUGAACCUUACCUAUGAGGAUACGCUGAGUGACAGUGAUAGGCUGCCUAGAAAUGCUUUCCUGAUAGUUAUUCUGGGUGUAAUAUUCAUAGAAGGGAACUGUGCUUCUGAAGAUAGAAUCUGGGAUUUCUUGAAACUGGUGGGAGUGUAUGAUGGGGAAGAGCACUUCAUUUGUGGGGAUCCCAGGGAGUUCCUCACCAUACAUCUAGUGCAGCAAAAUUACCUGGAGUAUCGGGAGGUGCCUAACAGCCAGCCUCCAUGCUUUGAGUUCUUGUGGGGUCCAAGAGCCUAUGCUGAAACUACCAAGAUGAAAGUUUUGGAAUUCUUGGCAAAGAUGAAUGGCUGUGAUCCAUCUGAUUUCUCAAUCUGGUAUGAAGAGGCUUUAAGAGAUGAGGAAGAGAGGGCCUGGGCCUUAAAUGAUUCUGCAAAUACAAGCCCAAAUGCAUGGUUUGUAGAGCGCUGAUCACUGGUUUCUCUUAUCCAGUGUGAGGGAUCCCUUUUGGCAUGGAUUCACUCUAAUUUUGAAUAGAGCAGUCAAAAUUUUAAGUAACGAAAAUCAAACUUAGGCUCAGUAGAACAGUAUCACUAUGCUAAUUAAGGUUUUCUUAACUGUUUCAUUUGGGGUUAUUGUUAAAUGCUACUCAUUUUAAGGGAAAGUGUAUUAUCUCUAAAGUUUGUCAUUGAAACUGAUAACACAAUUAUUACUGUUUGUUAAAAAAUAUAGUAGAAAAAUUAUGUAAGGUUAACUUUUGAUUUCUUUAGUCCUUUUAGUCUAUUCUGGAAAAUUAAAAUGUGGUAUGCAUUUAUUUUCCAGUCUAAUGUAAGAAAAUAUGAUGUAAUAACAAAUCUUAAUAAAGACUGCUCACUUAUUCACUC